AUUUAUUUAAUUUAAUAUUUUUUAUAAUACGUUUGAAGUGGCCAAAGCUUUACUCCUGUGUUGCAAAGUGCAUUACUGUUUUUCCCAGAAAGUGUCAUCUCAAUUAGGCAGCUGAUUUUGUUAUCUGGGCCGCACUUUGAUCGGCCUUUGAAUUAGAUAUGUUAAAGUCAACAUUGCAGUAGCCCCAUCAAUAUGGACUUUCGCAACGCCCGUGCCCGGCAGCCGGAGAUCGUGAGAUCCGUGCAGAAGGACGCACGGUACACCAACGAGCUGGCCGAAGACUUGUCCGACGUUUUGCGCCUCACCGGUCCCCGGAACUGGAUAAAGUACAACCAAAUGUGCAGGCUGCUGGCGGAACUCAGUUACCACGGAUUCGCUUCGGCCAAUAACCUCCAGACACUCGGCGAGGAGUACACGGGGAUAAUACAGGUGGACGGCAACUACAAGCAAAUUCCCAGCAGAUUGUUACAACUGAUUGCCAUUGUCCUGGAGUUUGGUGGCGACUCCCUAUUCCAACGAUUGAUGCAAAAACUGGAUACCUAUGUGGCCAACAAUGAAGAGAUUCGAUCCGAGGUCAAGCCGCAGUUAAAGAAGAUUAUUCAGAGGCUUAAGCAAUCUCCCAGCUACGUAAAAGCCCUGCACAAGUCUCUUUUCUACUUGGACGCCAGCAAGUACCAACUGUCCAAGCGCACCACGGGCAUCAACUACGUACUAAUCCGCCACUGGCUGCAGCCAGAAUUCUCCCUGUACGGCUACAAAAUCCUGGGCGUAAUCACUUUCCUGCAGGUCACCGUUUCCCUAGCCAUUAGUGGUUGGGACGCCUGGCGAGAGCACCAGCGCCAGCAGCUAGAAUCGAUAAAGCAGGCUGGAAAGAAGUUCCUGCAACGAGGUUCGAGCGUGAAAGACGUAGAUCCUAACACCCCACCGUGCAUUCUUUGCCUGGAGCCACGUUCAAACAGCAGUUUGACUCCAUGCGGCCACAUCUUCUGCUGGAGCUGCCUGCUCGAGUGGCUGGAGGAGCGAGAUGAGUGCCCCUUGUGUAGGGAGUCGCUCAAAAAGUCACAAGUGAUAUUACUACAGAACUAUGCCUAAGAUUGGAUUAAGAUUUUGCUCCUGACCUUUUAUAUUCAUGUUUUAGAAAGUAUUUUUGAGUCUAUGUAGAACAGUGAAUUUCGUGAAUUUCGUGAAUAUAUUGAAAUAUGUAUAUCGAAAAGAGAUUCUUUAGUUAUACAAUUUUUAUACAUUUAUUCAAAUAUCAUUACAAUUUAUACUUGUUGUGAACAGGGAACCUACGUUUAGGUAAAAUUUAGGUUUUAUUUUUGUAAUGUCAAAAAAAUACAUAAAUCAUCAACUUAAA